AUGAGGAACAUUUUUGACAGAAAUCACGCAGAGGUAGCCCCACCUCUGAAACCAAACGAAGAAUGUUGGUACCUACCAAUUUUCGGGGUGUACCACCCACUCAAACCGGAGAAGAUUCGCAUGGUAUUCGACUCUUCAGCUUGCUUCCAGGACUUGUCUCUGAACAGCGUACUUUUGUCAGGUCCAGACCUUACAAAUAGUCUCAUUGGAGUGUUGAUGCGUUUUAGGAUGGAAGCCGUAGCUGUGACCGCAGAUAUCGAGCAAAUGUUCCACUGCUUUGGUGUCUCAGAGAAACAUAGGAACUUCUUAAGAUUUUUAUGGUACACAGACAAUGACCCUACCAAGCCUCUAACGGAGUACCGCAUGACAGUCCAGGUUUUUGGAAACACCCCAUCACCUGCUGUAGCUACUUAUGGGUUUCGUCUUGCUGCCAUUCAAGCAGAACAUAGCUUUGGGAAGGAUGUAAGAGAGUUUGUGGAGCGGAACUUUUACGUGGAUGAUGGUCUGGUGUCCCUACCAACAACACAAGAAGCCAUAGAUCUCCUACGACGAACUCAACAGGCCUUACUGACCCACGGGAACCUCAUAUUACAUAAGAUUGCCUCUAAUGACCCUAGAGUGAUGCAGAGCUUUGAUGUGAAAGACCUAGCAAAGGACUUGAUUGACUUAGAUAUUACACAUGAUGAUCUUCCAACCCAGCGGAGUCUGGGACUCGUGUGGGAUCUUCAGAGGGAUGCCUUUGGGUUUAAACUUAGCAGGAAGGAGAAACCAUACACUAAAAGAGGAGUUUUAUCAUGUGUUAAUAGCCUGUACGACCCUCUAGGCUUCAUAGCGCCUAUCACUAUUCAGGGAAAGUUACUUCUUAGAGAAAUGACACAGGCACCUUCUGUGGACUGGGAUGCUCCCUUACCAGAAGAAUUCCAGAGCAGAUGGGAUGAUUGGACCCAAUCAUUGACUCGUCUUGGAGCAUUGAAUGUACCUCGUAAGUACCUGCCCAUUGGCUUUUCUCAGCUUCAAGAGAAGAACGUACUGAUUUUCACAGAUGCCUCGGAGGUUGCUAUUGCUGCUGUGGCCUACCUGCUUCACAGUCAUGGUGGAGACAUCAAUCUGGGUUUCAUUAUGGGUAAAUCUAAAGUCGCACCCAGACCAGCCACUUCUAUACCACGCUUAGAGUUGUGCGCGGCCGUCCUGGGAGUAGAAAUUGCUACUAUUAUAAGGGAUCAGCUAGACAUCAAUGCAGAUCAUUUCAAAUUCUACACGGACAGCAGGAUCGUUCUGGGUUAUGUGUACAAUCGCACAAAGAGAUUUUUAACCUACGUAAGCAACAGAGUUCAAAGAAUUCUAAGCUUCUCCAAAUCAUCUCAAUGGAACUACAUCCCUACGGACCAGAACCCAGCAGACCAUGGCACUAAAUCUACUAUCGACAGUGCACUGUAUGACUCAUGGCUCAGUGGACCAAUAGAAUGGCUACGCACAGAAGAUACUGUAGAUGGUCCUGCCCCAACAAAUGAUUUGGUAGAUCCAACUAUGGAUAAGGAAAUCAAACAGGACACUGUGGUUUGCAAGGUGGAUGUGUCUACCCCCUUAUCCUGGACUUCACGCUUUGAGAGGUAUUCUUCAUGGAAGAAUCUCGUUAGAGCCAUCAUGUGCCUGAAACGGAUUGUCCAUGCAGUGGCACAUCACAGUAAGGAUAUUAAAGCUACAGAAGAUAGCAGUGCAUUUAGGAAGGCAGAGGAGCUUAUAAUACAUCACGUCCAGUUAGAAGUCUACGAGAAGGAAAUUACUGCACUUAAGAAUGAAAGGCCACUUCCUAGAAACAGUUCCAUUUUGAGACUUAACCCAUCUUUAGAUAAAGAAGGCAUGGUGCGGGUCGGAGGCCGAUUACAACAUAGUGACUUUGAUUUGGGGGAAAGGAGUCCCAUACUUGUGCCAGGGAGUCAUCAUAUUGCUAAGCUGUUAGCUCUACACUUUCACGAGUUAACACACCAUCAAGGGCGCCAUAUAACAGAGGGAGCAAUCCGCAAUGCAGGUCUAUGGAUUACUGGUGCCAAACGUAUUGUGACUUCACUGAUUAACAAGUGUGUGAUUUGUUGCAGAGGGCGUGGGAAACUUCUUACUCAGAAGAUGGCGGACCUACCUGCGAUAUGGUUGAAACCCUCACCCCCAUUCACUUACGUUGGAGUGGACUGUUUCGGGCCAUGGAAUGUGACAACUAGGCGUACUCGUGGUGGGAGUGCUGACUCUAAGAGAUGGGCAGCUUUGUUUACCUGUAUGUGCUGUAGGGCUGUGCACAUUGAAGUAUUAGAACAGAUGAAUACACCUUCCUUUGUGAAUGCUCUACGUCGAUUCUAUGCCAUAAGAGGAGAUGUCAAGGAGUUUUACUCAGAUAGAGGCACAAAUUUUGUUGGCAGUGUGCGUGAAUUAGGUAUUAACUCUGUGAAUGUAGAGGACGCACCCAUACAUAACCUACUCACAGAUAAAGGAACAGUUUGGAGGUUUAAUCCCCCUCAUUCCUCACAUAUGGGAGGAACUUGGGAGCGUCUCAUAGGGGUCACGCGCCGUAUCCUUGAUGCCAUCUUACAAGAGAAUCGUCACGUCAAACUAACCCACGAAGUACUCACCACUUUCCUUGCAGAGGUCUCGGCAAUUGUCAACAACAGACCAAUCGUUCCUAUUGCAACGGAUACGGAGUCGCCUCAGGUACUUACACCCAAUGUUCUACUUACCCAAAAAAUGGGGAAUGUCUCUGAAAGUCAUAUGAACUUUGAUGUUCGCGACAUGUACACCUCUCAGUGGAAGAUAGUCCAAAUUCUUGCCAACAGAUUUUGGGACAGAUGGCGCAAGGAGUACCCCCAGUCGCUACAAGAACGCAGAAAGUGGGCCGAUACCAAACCAAAUGUUCAAGAAGGAGAUAUUGUCCUUAUGAAGGACGCGGAGCAGCAUCGGAACUUUCUGGUCUCUCUGUCGUGUUACUCGUGUGUUCCCUAG